AUUAUACAGUCAGUGCAAAAGGCCAGAGGCUGUUAUUGCUCUACUUCUGCUUUAAGAGUCAGUGCCUGCAGUUGUGGCUAGUUUUGGGAAAAGGGUUUUUUUUAUUUUUUAUUUUUUAUUCAUCUUCUGCAAAAGGAAACUUCAGGAAGCAUGAGCAGUUUUAACUGUGGAUUACAACCCAAAUUUAAAGGAAAGCUGGUGUGAAUUUGUCCAUCAACCAAAUAUUUCUGUCUUCUUUGGAUCUGAAUUAUUUCUUUUGAGUUCACGGGACCUUAUUGGAUCAAGGUGUUGUGUUUGUGAACUCUUUGAAGACUUUCUGGUGCGUCAUUAGAGCCGCUUUAAUGAUUUAUUUGCUGUAUCCUACACAUUAACUUCCCAUUUUGCCUCAGUUUUUACUCAGCACCUGCUCUUUACUUAGCUUUAUUCUGGCUAUUUUAAAGUCACACUUCAAAGUAGUGGAACGUCUUAAGAAACUGUUUGGUUUCCUUUUAAAUGCCAGACUGUAUUGCUCCUGCUGUGGUGUGUUUUCACUGUCACGCUCCAUAAGUAAACAAGAUAUUACAUGAGACUGAGAGGAAGCCAGGUUUAUUCUGGAGAUAACAGUCAAGAGAAAGGACACACAGACAAGAGGCUAGAAAAGAUACGCAGAUAGAGAGAAGGAACUUUGUUCAGUCUUGAAGAACUCACAGGAGGACUGUUACACUUGAACCUUGAACACAGGUGAAAGACAGUUUGUCUUGCUGAGACAUUUAAACAGCAUUGUUUGCUGAAACUGUAUAAAACAAAGUACAUAAAAUUUUCAAGAGUCUAAUUCUUCCUAAAAAAUAAAUCUCACCGCUGAUGGAUGACCAGGCUGUUAUUCAAGACAAUGUAGUUUCAGGAAAAUGGAAACACUUGGGAUGCGAUGUGUCCCCACACCAUGGCAGAAGGAGGACAGCUUACUGUGGGAACAGAAUCACAGGUGGACAUUGGCUCUGGAUAUUGACAAUAUUGUGCAUGAUUGUGUGUGUCUGUGGCCAAAUGGAGGGGAUGGUGCACUCGAGCUUCCGUAAGCUAAGUGGCCGUGAAAAGAAAGAGAUGCAAAAGGAGAUUCUGUCCAUCCUUGGACUCCCAGGACGGCCUCGUCCACACCCGCCUCUGCGUCCUCCAUCAUCUGCGCCGCUCUUUAUGCUGGACCUGUACCAUGCUGUGUCAGCAGAAGGGGAUGAAGGCCCAGUUGUGGGGUUCAUACCUGAGAGUGUCAGUCAUGCUGCACUGCCCACUCUAAGCACACACACGCCACCACUUGGCACGGUGGUAAGUGAGGCAGAUACCGUCAUGAGCUUCGUCAACCUGGUGGAGCAUGAGAGAGAUCUUUUCCACGCUCAGCCCUACUGGAAGGAGUUUCGUUUUGAUCUGACGCCACUUCCUCAAGGAGAGACAGUCACUGCUGCAGAGUUCCGCAUCUAUAAAACACUGACUAUGGGUCAGAGAGCUAACCGUACCCUCCAUAUCUCCGUCUACGAGAUCCAGAGGGAAAAAAGACACAGGGAACCUGAGCUAGUUUUGUUGGACAUGCAGUCAGUUCCAGCAGGGCAGGAGGGCUGGCUGGCCUUCGAUGUAACAUCUGCCAGCAACCACUGGCUCCUACAACCACGGAGCAACAUGGGCAUCCGACUGUAUGUGGAAAUGGAGGACGACCGCUCAUUAUCUGCCAGCUGGGUGGGUUUGGUGGGCCGCAGAGGGCCGCGUUCCAAACAGCCUUUCAUGGUGACAUUCUUCAGAGCCAGCCAAGCCCCCUGCCGCCCACCUCGAGCUCUUAGACACAACACACAGCGCAGGAAAAAACCCAAAAAUGACCUGCCUCACCCAAACAGACCAGGUUUAUUCGACCAAACUCCUGUGAGUAAUGGGCGACAGGCCUGUAAGAAGCAUGAGCUAUAUGUCAGCUUCAGUGACUUGGGAUGGAAGGAUUGGGUUUUGGCUCCACCAGGUUACUCAGCAUAUUAUUGUGACGGAGAAUGUGAUUAUCCUCUUGGAUCCUGUAUGAAUGCUACUAAUCAUGCCUUGAUCCAGCUUGUGGUUCAUCUUAUAAAACCGGACGAGGUUCCCAAAGCCUGCUGUGCACCAACCAAACUCAGCUCCAUCUCUGUGCUAUUCUACGAUGACAACAACAACGUAAUACUGAAGAAACAUCGAAACAUGGUGGUUAAGACUUGUGGCUGCCUGUGAACACGUGUCUCUGUCUGCCACUGUCCCCCUACUGCACUAUUUCUAGCAAACACAAUUCUUGUUUCAAAAUGAUCUUUUAUAUAUAUAUAUAUAUGUAUAUGUUUCUCCUGGUGUAACAAUAAGCUAUUGAUAAAAGCUAAAAGAUGCAACAUGGUGGUUUGUAAGAAUUUAGAAAAUAAUCAGGAAUUCCAGUUUAAUGAAAACAGAUGUAAUGUAUUAUUAGAUUAGAUUAAGACUAUGAUUUGCUCGUCCUAACAUUAUUACUCUUAAGCAUACAGCUGAGUGUAAUAGUAUAUUUAAGUGUGUGGAAUGUCUUGCUAGCACUCAGAUGAGUCAGAUGAGUACGUGUGCAUGUGGUGUAUUUUGUUGCUGGAAUAAAAUGAGUUUUAUAUUAAUAUAAUGUGCAAAAUAACACGGACAGGAUAGGGCCAGUAAAGAAGUUUUUCCUUUUCCAUACCUUAGACUGUAUGCUAAAUUACAACACUACUCAUUCUUUACAAGAAACACAAGCUAUUCUUUAAAACAUACUUUAACAUGACAGAUGAACAAAUCAAAACAUAUUUUCUAUUGGCCUGUCUACUGAUUCCUUUCCCUGGAUUUCAGUGCCCUAAAGAAGGAAUACAAAAAGCAUCUCCAUUUGUGUGUGUGUGUAAAAUCUUCAUCAGUCCAUUCUGAUGUUGUGAGCGUUCUCUCUGUCUUAUACUGCCAGCUGUUUGCAGAUUGCAUUGCAGUGAAUAAACAAUAAAAUGUAUUUCUCAAA